GAGAUGUACAGUAUCGGUAGGCUCUGUUACGCGGUCCUUCCCGCAAUCACAUUGUCAAAUUAGCACAUUCAAUUAUACAAACAAAGCAAAAGAAGACCAGUAGAAAUAUUGAAUUGUUAGCUAGAUAUGGACCGUCACCGUGCGGAAAUGGUCAAAUGUUGCGCAACGUUGAAGAAAAACUUCGUAGGCUGCAAUUACGUACCAUCCGGUGUCAUAAACGCUUGCUUGUCCUCUGUGUAUGAGUCGAGGUGGGAUAGAUAGCACACUUUGUACUUCAACAUAUAGAUAACACAUGUGUAAUACAACUCAGAUCGUAAGAGUGUUGUAACUAAAAGAUCAUUUGUUGCUCCGUGAGUUUCAAAGUCUCCGUGUCUGGGGCGAUGACCAGUGUAAACAGACACUGUGUAACUCUUUUCCGGUCAGUAUUUCGGCACUGUCAGAGGCAUCUGAACAAUGGCACAUACUGGGGAACACAGAGUUGGAGAGAGUUCCACGUUGCAACACCUGUAGCAGCGUACGACCUGAGGAAAGUGGAGCUGACCCCUCUGGAACAGAGGAAACUGACUUUUGACUCUCAUGCCAUGGUCAUUGAGCUGGAGAGCAAUGGCUUUGAAAAGCGCCAAGCAGAAAUCAUAGUAGCGGCUCUGGUGACUCUGGCAACAGCCAACAUGGACAUAGUGUACAAAGACAUGGUGACUGGAGCACACCAGGAGAUUGCGCUGCAGCAGAUCAUGGCUCACCUGGACUCCAUCAGGAAAGACAUGGUGAUCCUGGAGAAGAGUGAGUUUGCCAAUCUGCGCUCGGAGAACGCUAAAAUGAAGACAGAAUUGGAUCAGAUAAGGAACAGGCUGAUGGAGGAGAGUAAGAAGGUCCGAGCUGAGGCCAAGCUGGACAUCAACCUGGAGAGGAGCAGGGUCACUGACAUGUUUACUGAGCAGGAGAAGAAACUUAUGGAGAACAGCACAGAGUUCCACAGGAAGAACGCAGUCAUUGACCACGAAACAAUGGAGACGACUAAAAAGAUUGAUCUAGAGGUGGCCUCCCUGAAAACUCUACUAGAGUCGCUGAAGCUGGAAACCAUCCGCUACCUUGCAGCGUCCGUUUUCGCGUGCCUAGCGAUUGCCUUGGGAUUUUACCGCCUUUGGAAGUGACCGUCUCUGCUGUGGGGGUUUGAUUGCAUUGUACAUAGAUCCCACUGGGUGCACACUGGUUAAAUCAACGUUGGUUUCAUGUAAUUUCAAUUUCUACUUUUAUGUAUUUCUACUUUUAAAUGGCAAUCUAGAGUACAUGGAGAGCUAAGACUAAGGCCAAGCAUGAGUCAUUAAAAUUAAUCAACCUAUUAAACAAAGUCAAUCAGAUAUUUUGAACAUAACUGUUGAGUGAUACAAUGUACAAUAAACCUAUUUAUAGGCACUAUAUCUAUAGGUUAUACAAAUGGCUCAAUACUUCCAAGAACUGUAUUUGGAUAUGGAUUCCACAUGACAUGGAAAUAAAUAACUUUUCCCAAUGAACCACA